AUGGCGUCGGUGUACCACCGCAAGAUCACGAUUAGCGCUGGGGAGGAGUGCACGAUCAGCGGCGGCGGCGCCGUGGAGCUGCAGCUGCUCUCGGGGGUGGUGGAGGUGGCCGGGGUGCUGCUCCCGGCGAAGGGAAGCUGCGUCUUCGACCUCGCCCCCGACGCCCGCUGCGUCGUGCUGUACACGUUGGAGGGCGGCUCCGUGCAGGCCACCGCGGGGGCCCCGUUUGAGACGCUGAAGACGGCCACCGGCAUGGCGGCUGUGGUGCAGCUCUGCCGCCGCACCCUGGCCGCGGAGCGGCGUACGAAGGUGCUGGUGAUCGGGAACGCCCACAGCGGCAAGACGCUGACGGCGCACACGAUUUGCAACCUGCUGCGGGAGGACGCGGCGGGGGAGUCGGCGGCCACCGCGGCGACCGUCUUUCUCAUGGACCUCAACCCCGAGUCGAACUGCCUCUACGCCCCCGGCUGCGUCUCCACGGUGCAGGUGGAGCAUGCGCUGUGGCCCGGCACCACCGCGGCCCCGACGCGGCUCCCCUUCUCCCUCUUUGUGGGGGAGGCCGCCCGCCCGUCGGCGGCGACCGUCGUCCCGUUCAUGCACUUUGUCGAGCAGCUGCAGGAGUGCACCGAGGCGCUGCUGCACGCCGCGCCGCAGCACGAGCGCGUCCACCUCGUCGUCGACGCCCCCGCGCCGGUGGCCGGCGUCAAGGAAAGCGUGUACUUCCGCAAACUCAUCGAGCUGCUGCGCCCCACCCACGUCGUGACGGUGAGCGCGCAGGACGGCUCCGAGACGUGGUCGACGUUUCUGCAGGAGGACGUGCAGCGGGUGCUGCCCGACUGCGAGUUCGCGUGCGCCACGCCGGUGGUGCAGCGGUGCACCGUCUCGCUGCGCGAGCCGCUGCUGCGGGAGUACUUCGCCGGCACCCCGCAGUUCCCGCUGGGCUGCGCCAAGGUGGUGCUGCCGCUCGCACAACUGCAGUUUGUCCAGUACACCACACCCGCCGCGGCAACGGCGGCAGCGGUCUCCUGCCGCAAGGUCGCCGUGACCCCCGCGCUCGUCGGCGCGGUCUGCGCCCUCUCCCACGCGGAGAUGCCGGAGGAGGUGCCGCUGGCGCCGGUCGCCGGGCUGCUGCUGGUGGUGGCCGUGGACGAGGAGCACGAGGAGCUGGUGGCGAUUGUCCCCGCCUGCGAGGACCUGCCGCGGCGCUUUGUGGUUGUGCCGAACGCGGCGGCGGAGGCGCCCACGCUAAGCGUGACGACGGCCAUGGCGCCCAUUGAAGAGGCGGUCGCGGUGUAG